ACGAGGCAGGAGGGUGGCAGGAGGGAGCCGGGCUCCCAGCGCUGUUGACAGUGGCGGACACAACAACGCAUGGCCGCUCUCAGAGCAAAUGAGCUGAAUUGUUUCCCUUUUUUCAAAACUACAGUGCAGUGUCUGAAGAAGAAAGGGUGGGACAGGAGUCAAUAACGGAGCAGACCGAAAAGGCCCGAAUUAAACGGGGGAAAGACAUGAAGAGAGACAUGUUCAGAGAGGAAGCUGUGUUUUUUAAGCCUCAGGGGUUUAUCUCACUCACUGACAUCCCAGUUCUCCAACACGUUCAGUGAGAGUGGUACUGAGUGGGACUAUCAGUAGCCGAAGUCUUCGCCAUAAGUCUUCAGUAAUUUAGUGCCCUCCUCAAGGUUCAAUUCCUGGCCUGUCAUUCGGCGGUUGAGUUAGAGCUCAGCUCUAAGACCUUCAAGGAAGUCAUCAGAGGCUCCGUCUGAAUGUCUGCUCUUAAAAAAAAAUAAAAUCUCUGCUUUCAUUAAUCUUUGUAUUCCCUGCAUGGCUGCCUGGUUUUCUCAUAAUGCCACAGAUGAUUUUCUUUUUGCCCCAGGGAUUAUUAUUGCUGCUGUGGUGUCCUUGUCUCUAACCCUGUUGUUUUUGAUUAUAUUUUUUAUCUUUUCUUUUUUUUUUUUCUUUUCUAUUAUAAUCCUCGCCCCCCCCCCCCCCCUCGCUGCUGAAGAGCUCUACGCUUUCUCACAGUAGUUACAAAUGGAUGUUUUGUUAUAAUCGAUCUGUCUGGUUAAAUAAAGGUUAAACCAGAAUCAGAUAUUAAUAAUAGGAUGGUUAAUGGUUGUCAGUUGUUUGCUUGCAGAGUCAAAACGACGAGUAGGCUGUAAUGUUUUUUUGGAUGAAAAGAAAUUGUGAAUGCCUCUUAGCUCACUGAAGCAUAGCCUCUGUUUUCUCUAAUGCAUCUGUAAUGAAGGGUGAAUAAUUUGCAAAUAGAGAGGCUGUGUCCUCUAAAAAAGAGACUAUUAAGUUGUAUUUUUAGCUUUUAAUCAUGACUGAGGGCUGUUGAGCAAUAUUCUUUUUUCAGAAGUUUACCUUAAUGUGUUAUUUUAUGUGUAAUGUUUUGAUUUGCUCGUACACUGCCAAAGAAAGGAACAGCAUAAGGUUUACUGCAAUAAAGCCUUUCAGGCUGGACGUGAUAUCCCAAAUCCAUCGGUGACUGCCACAUCAAACAUGAAUAUUUGUCGUUUCUAUUAAGCUAUUCUGGACUCAAUGUGACAAACAGUGGUCAGUGUUUCUCUUUCUAAAGAUGACAUUCUGCCAAGGAACCCUGGCCAAGGCCACGUGAUUGGUGGCACGUUGACAACAGCCACUGCAUCUACAAAUUAACUUAAAAGGCAGUUUAUGCAGCAGGAAAAGCUUUUAUCUUCUGCAUUGGGAGCAGCAGAAAAAGGAAGAGUUACUAAAUCUGUAGUAAUUAAGGAACAGAUGUCGCCUGAGUGUCAUCAAUCUGCAAGAACUUAAUAACCCCCAACAGAUUACAAUGGUUCCUGCUGAGAACGUGACUGUUUACUCUGGAGCAGAUCGCUGUCCCAACUGCAGCUCCCCUGCCUACCCGGAGGUGGACGUAACCAAGGUGGUGGUUUUGGGGAUAGUGCUGGUGGUGUUUGCGGUGUUCGGGGUCCUUGGCAACAUCCUUGUCAUCCUGUCAGUGUUAUUCCACCACCAGUGGCGCUCUGUGACGCACUAUUUCAUUGCCAACCUGGCUGCGGCAGACCUGCUGCUCAGCUCUGCUGUCCUGCCCUUCUCCGCCACCUCAGAGGCUCUCGGCAGAUGGGUGUUUGGUCGGUCCUUCUGCAGUGUCUGGGCCGCCCUGGAUGUCCUCUGCUGCACUGCCUCUAUCCUCAGCCUGUGUGUCAUCUCUAUCGACCGCUAUCUGGCGGUCAGCUAUCCUCUGCGCUACCCUGCCAUUGCUACAGGGAGACGAGGCCUGGCUGCGGUGGCUGCUCUCUGGGGACUUUCAGCAGCUAUAUCUGUGGGCCCUCUGUUUGGAUGGAAGGAGCCCGACCCAGAAGAUGAAACAGAGUGCCGAAUUACGGAGGAGCCCGGCUACGCUUUGUUCUCAGCACUGGGAUCUUUCUAUAUACCUCUGGCCAUCAUCCUGGCUAUGUACUGCCGUGUUUAUACUGUUGCAAGGAGAGAGACAAAAACUCUUAGUGAGGGAAGUAAGGGAGAUGGAGUUGAGACAGAGGGGGUGAUGCUGAGGAUUCACAGAGGUAAUGCUGCUCAAAAGGUGAAGCAGGAGGAUGAAAACGAAGUUACCGCGAGGCAUAAACACGCCACUUUUUCUCUGCCGAGUCUUUUGAAGUUCUCAAGAGAAAAGAAGGCAGCCAAGACUCUUGGCAUUGUUGUCGGGUGCUUUAUUCUGUGCUGGCUGCCUUUUUUCCUGGUUUUGCCCAUUGGAUCUAUCUUCCCAUCCUGUAAGCCUCCUGAAACCAUCUUUAAGAUAACCUUCUGGCUGGGUUACCUCAACAGCUGCAUUAACCCCAUUAUCUACCCAUGCUUCAACCGGGAGUUCAAGAAAGCCUUCCAAAAUGUGCUCCGUGGUCGCUGCCUAAGAACCGGGAUGCAGACUGCCAAAUCACAAGGACACAUGAACACCCACCCCUCCAGUCUAGGCCCUACAUCUAAUACCUCUGUUGUCUCAGCUCAAAGCUGUGUCAAUCUUUCCUCGUGGUGUUGCUGCAGGGCACUUUCAACCUCUUCCUCAUCUGUCGGUGGUCCAGAUCAGGCUCAAAGUGCACAGAUCCAGAGUAAGAGUCUGCUGAAGGCUUGGUGUUUCUCUGCAAGUCAAACGCCGGUACCACAGAACCCCUCCAGUCAGGAAUCAACUAAAGUCUUGCGCCUUUCUCUUGGCAUUACAGGAGAGGCUGUUUGAUUGGCAUGUUGAGAUAAUGGAGGAACUUCCGAACAUCCGAUCUUGUACUUCAGUUUUGCCUCGGGGGACACACUUACGUACAAGUUUCUAUGUAUAUGUAUGCUCCUCAAAUACAUCAGAGGAAGGAAAAGACAAUAGUCACUUGACUCCAGAACAGGCUGAGGAUAACACUGUUGCCUUAAGGCUUCAUGCCCAGUGUGUCAAAGAAAAUAUGACUUGUGUUUGAAUGAAUAACAUCCAGCUGUUCUUGGACAGAGUAUUGCAUGUGCACGCAGAAGACUGAGGAGUAACAACACACAGCAAAAGACUAGGAAAAUCUACAAACCUCUUUAUUAAUUAUUUUAAAAUUAAAUAAUGUGACACACAAACCAUGUUUGAAGUAUGAAUACUAAGAUAGUGUUGGUACCCAUCAGUGCUUGGUGAGGAAUAAAAGGUAUGAUAGCAUCUUACUGUAAUGACAUUUUAAAAGAACUCUUGAGACAUGAAUUCUUUCAUCAUUAGCAGUUUUUUCUGCAGAUUGCACAAAACCCUGUAAGGACAAGAUACUUAUAAAGAUAAUAGAUACAUAAGAUCUCAUUAAUCCCAGAAUAAUUAGCAUUCACUGACAGCUCAGAACAAGCUGAGUGUAUUAUAUGUGACUUGAUGGAGAAAGAGAAAUAUCAUUUGUUAUUUAGGUAUGGUUAAAUACCAUAAAAACCUUACAGUACAGUACGGUUUCAAACAAAAGCCCUUCAUUCAACCCCAGCAGAGCUUUUAAUGUUCAGUUUCUGUUGUUGCUGAGGCUGUGUGGGUGUGUUGAAUCCGCUUUUAAUGUUUGAUAUCAAAGCUUCUGGCAUUGUUAAAUAAAUAAAAAGGUGUCAGAUGUAGUGUCUCUCAGUAUUUGGUGACUAUGUAUGACUGCUAGUUUUCUGCCGGUACAGUUCUCCAGAGACAUGUUUUCCCCAUGCAAACACAAGGAAAUUACAGAUUUUUCUGGUUGUUCUGUUGCAACUGAUGCAUGAGUAAUUCAAGCAGUGCCUGGCUGACAUCUUUGUUCAUCCGUCUCUGUGUUGUUUUUUUAAAGCUGCAGUGUUGAUUUUUGUCUUGUAGGAAGCAAAAGAACUCCAAAUAAAGCUGAC